AUCAUUUCUCCGUUGGUUGGGGGUAGGCCCGUACGCUCGCCGGUUGCUUGCUGUUCCGUUUUCUCCGCGCGCGUCUUCUGCUACCAGUGUGAAAGCUUUUUAUGUGUUCUGUCGUCUGCAAUGAGGAUUGGUUUCUGCUUCGCUGUCGCUAACCGGUAACAACGUCUCGACGAACGGAUAUGUUACAUUGAUCGACGUGUUGUGCAUCUUUGGGUUACCUGCAACGUUUUUACUUCGACUUGACGGGUUUCCCGCAUAACCACCCCGCAGUGGAGUGAGCCCUCAUGAAGCCGUGUCACAGUGUGGAUCAAGGCUAAGGCCUCCACGCGUGAACCGCGACAUGUCAUUGAGCGAGUCACUGACUACCAGUCGAUCCCCCGAUCCCCCGCCCGGUGGUGUGCUUGCUCGAAGCCGCUCCUUCGUUGGACUCAUGAGCCAUCGCAGGACGGCGUCCUCCACCCCCGCCUUCUCGGGCAGCAUGACGGACGGUUCCAGCAGCCUCGGUUCCAGCAGCGGUUCCAGUAGCAACGGCACCGUCUCCAAAGGAUCAGUCUUAGGCCAACACCAUAGUCCGCACGCCUCUCGUCGCAUCAUUCAAGGGCUGUCAGCAACGUGGUCUGGGAAACCCCCUAGGUCUCCGCGUCCAGCCAGGACUCUUCUAAUCUGCCAUGCGAUCGAAAGGGGGCUCAGGGAAUGCAUAGGUAUUGCUCAAGAAGACAUCCUCAACCUACGGUCUUCGAUGGACAACUUGUCCCUUUCCUCUUCACAGUCUCAGGGAAAGCUGUAUGAUUGCGAUAAGCAAUUGAAGACAGCUGAAAGGUAUUUGAAGAGGCUAGAGUUCCAGCUUUCAAAGGUUGAAGAGCUCCGCGAGCAAUAUGAGGUGCAACAGCGGAUGCGAGAGGGAGUACGGAGCAUGGCGUACGCCUAUGUACUCAGUCCUGGAGACGAGAAAGACACUGCGCUCCAUGGAGUCCGGUCUGGGUACCGGGAAUGCAUGGACUCUCUCUGCCUCCUGGAAGCUCACUUGGAGCAACUCAUGGGAACACUUCAGUUCCAGAUGAGAGGCAUCCAGGGUUUUGCGCGUCUCUGUGCGGGGGAUAACUUUGAGAUAACCGUAAAGCACGGCGAGCAGAAGUGGAAGAGCCGAGGAAGAGUCCAGAAGAACGGCCAGCAGGUGUGGGACAACCAGCAGGUGCUCGUCAAGGCGCUCCUUGGGGAGUUUCUCUACAUUAAGGCUGUCGAAGUUCGUGGUCUUGGCAAGAAUGUUCUCUUGGGGAACAAGUCCUGCGAGAUCAAGGACCUCUUCAGCUCCCACUCCCAGCUGAUGACGGUGAACCUCAACUCGAGCGGCUCUCUCAAGCUUAACCUGGUCAUCACGUGGAAUCCUCUGCACGGCUGCAUGGAGGAUACGCACGCGUCCAAACAGACUACACCCAUCCUUGCCGUUCCAAAGUCGCCGUUCUCAAAGAGAAGGGGCGUGUCACCGUUCCGUGGCGACAGCACAGAGCGCUCAGGGAGCCUUCCCUGCUACGACAACGGGCUCCCGCAGCAGUGGCAGCAUAACAGUGUGGGGACACACGCUGGGAGGGACUUGCGCACCACAGUUGAGCUGGAGGGUCACCGUUUCCAUUGCUACCAAGGGAGCAACGGAGGCAGCGUGUCCGCCCCCAGCUCCGCGGCCACGAGUCCCAACGGGGAGCUGCCGAGGAUAGCCGGGCAGACGGUGCUCCUCAACGCUUACGUCUACGGGAGGACUCACAGUCCAACACUGCAGCCCAUUGAGACCACCGUAUCUCACAGGUGGUCUGGCACUGCGGACAGCGGAUCUGAGUGCUGCAGCAGCGUGGACACUGCGGAUGGAUCGUCGUCUUCCCUGCAGCAAAGUGUCCGUGGCCUCCAUGCAGGUCUGGAGGACAUCCAGGGGCAGUACCCUGAAUUACACUCCCUAGAACAAAGCAUAGCCGAGCUGGAUAGGAUACUUCGGAAACAUCAGCGAGUCCGUCGCGGCUCAACCGGAUCGGCCGCCAGCAUAUCCGUAGAGAGCGCACUGGGCUGCUUCGACUUCCUCAACAGCGCCAUCGAAGGAGAAGACUCCGACGUCUCCGAAGCAAGUCCGAGACAUCGACCGCAGAAGAACGGAGUGCCGGACUCUCACACUACAACUGGAACUGCAGACUCUGGGCUGUCUUCGCUGGUUGGCCGGCGUGGCUCUCCUAGCUCCGUGACCUCGAGUCCGGUACCGGUCACGACCGGUUCCGAGCAUCUGGACUUGGCUCUGUCGACGCACUGCUGGUACUGUCAUCGCCUUCUCGAAACUCUAGGCUCCUUUGGGCCGCUGCAUUGCCGUGAAAGACACGCGCUCGAAAAAUUACGGCGCCAAUCGAAGGUUAUCGAGAAGUACCUGCAGCUGGCAAAGCAGAUUUCCGAUGACAAGAAGCCCUUAUGUGGGUCAAAGCUAAUAAAGGACAGCAAAACACGCUGGAUCUGGGAACAGCUCGUCGGACCAGACGCCAUCGUGUCCACCGUCAGCCAGAUCCGCGAGAACCUGACCAGGCUGGUCCGAUCCUGCCUCAACCAUGCCAGCUUCAGCGAUCGAGUGACUGCAAUAGUGCUGUUCAGCAUGCUGGACGUCCCAAAGCUAGAGCCAAACCUGGUGGUCACAGCGUUGCAGUUUGAAUCUUACCUCAUGGGGCUGGGUGAGGUAUUUGAGGACCACGUUGCCACCUUAGAGGAUGAACUGAAAGUUCUAGAUGCUUUAUCGUCAAAGGAAGUGCCAACAGUGAAGAGAGCUCUCUCACAGCUAAGAAAUUCUUUGCCGUCGAAGGAGACGUUCUUCGCCGUGAUGCAGAUGCUCGUCUGCGGAGAUCCGCAGUUGGUGAGCCAAGCGGAGCAACACUUGAAGAUGGUGACAGCAAAAUCGGCUGGUAGAAAGCAGGCAUGCAACAUCCUACUAGAAGGACUGGAGGCUGACGCAGCUGUCACCAGACAAGGUUGUUGCAGAGCCCUGUCUCUUAUCCAGGCUCAGGAAUUCAUGGAGCAGCUCGUCCACCUGUCCUAUGCGGACGAGUCUCCCAAAGUACGUCAGGAAGCAAAGGAUGCCCUCUUUUCUUUUGGUGAAAGUGGGAGGAAGGAGUACAAACAGUCACAGCUGGUCACGCACGGCUUUCAAGGCCGGAGCGUCAAGUAAAACACAGACUACGAGCAGACGACAUAUAUAAAAACGGAUAUUCCGUGUCACGCGUUUAAUCGCGUCAUUACGAGUGGGGCCAUCUGGCUGACAAUGGAGCUUUGCUGAAGUGUGCUGCUUUGAUGCAACUAAAGAUUGCCGUGUUUGUAACAUAUCUACUCAAGUUCCUACGUUGGAUUCUUUUUUUUCUUGUACAUAAUUUGAAUCUUUUGGUCCCUUCCCACUCAAUGCGGAAUUAUGUGUAGUGGGUUUGAUCCGCCAUGUGUUUUUUUUUUUUUUUACCUCGAACUUUGUCGAACAUUUCCAUUUUUCUAUUUCUUUUUCGAAGAAAGAAAGAAAAUGCAUUCCUUGUCUCCAUUUCUUUGGAUUUUAAAAGUUGUCCCUAUUUAUCCAUUUUAAUAUGCUUUUUUGUUUUCAUUGUUUUAACCUAACACGGUUGUCACACCUUCGACAGAACUUGCAGUUUCUUAGGAUCUGCGUACAUAACUGCGAGGGAAUUAACGUUUAAUGAACUUGCCCUCUGAAAGUGAAGUUAAGGUAGCUUUCAGGCUGAAAUGCACGGUGGUCAAGCUUCAGUAUAUGUAACCAUUUUCCAGGUCUUAAAUGCAUGUAAGCAGCUACCCUUUUAUUGAUUUCAACUCAAAGUAAUUUUUUGCAUUUUGAUCCAGUUUUUUACUAUUAUUAUUAUUAUUGCAUAUUUUGCAUUGGAUUGAUUACGGUCCCAGUUUCUGCGCGACAAACAGGUUACAUUUGAAGCACUGCCAAAGUGGCCAUGCUUUAUCUGUAACUUUGCUCUUCGACUUCAAAAUUGCUGUUUCGUUCCUCGUUACCUCUUGGCUCCUUUUUUUUUUUUGCUUUUUCGUUGCAUUGGUUACAUUGGAGGUCCCAUUACGUGACUGAAAGCAGACAUUUACGUGAAACACUCCAUAUUUCCCUCCUCAUCUUUUCUACCUUGCUAAGUACAGCAGUUUAAGCAGACUUAACUAAAUUAAUUGAGUGGUUCCUGUAGUUACGAAGGUGUGACAACCCCCACGAUAUGCAAGCUCAUUUCACGAAUGCGAGUGGGCAUGUUUCAAGAGCAGCUUUUUUACGGAGAGUGUCGAAAUGUAUCAAGUGCAAUUUUUCCGCGCCUCGUCGUCGCAAAACGUCUGCAUCUAUUUCAGAGCUUUAAACGUGCCAUUAACCUGUACAGACACAACCCUAUGACAUAUAUAUAUAUAUAUAUAUAUAUAUAUAUGCGUAUGUACAAGGUGCCCAACUAAAGUGCACCAAGAUUUUAAAGGCAGGAUGCUCUAUGCGAAUGAGAGUAACUGAAUAUUGUCACGUAUCGUUGUCAGUACAUGGUCAGUAACAAAUUGAGCCAGCUCCGCUUGCAUAGAGCACUGUCUUUUUUAAAAUAUGGGCAUAUUUUAGUUGGGGCACCCUGUAUAUGUGCAUGGAGAAUAAUUUGCCCAUGUGAACAACAUAUCUAGUCAGCAUUCCAUUCAGUCCAAAACAGUGUAGCAUAUCAGUUUGGCAGUUGAUGACGGAGAUGCACUUGUUUGGUGACUGCAGACUUCUAACGAGUCAGUUUGUUGCAAUUUAUCGCCGAAAUUGUCAAAGUGUCAAUUAAAUAGUUUGUUUAAUAAAUGACUGAAAGGUAGCCAUGCUGAGAAUGUAGUUGCCUCACUGCAUAAGUCCUAGUUCUUGUCACGUUGGUACUCCCAAAAGUGUAUUUGGUACCGAGAGUAGAGAUAUUCCAGGCUUUAGAAGCAUGUAAGACACUGAGUCAUUCCAAAUAAAGGUAAAGUUAGAGUUGA